AUGACGAAGACGUCGAUCCGGAUUCCGUUCACGGCCCCCCUCCCCCCGCCGAUAAUCGUGCCUCACGCGGCUCGAACAGUCCAGGGCGCGAUCGAGGCGCUGGCCAGCUUCUUCACGUCUCCGACGUCGCCAGAGCUCCGGGGAGUCGAUGUGGGUGGGAACUCGCAGACCGUGCUGUUGACGGGCGCUGGCAUCUCGGUGGCUUCAGGCCUGUCAGAUUAUCGAGGAGAUCAUGGCACCUACCGACGCAACCAGUCAUACCGACCGAUCUACUACCAUGAGUUUACACGGCGGCACGAGUCUCGGAAACGAUACUGGGCGCGGAGCUUUGUCGGGUGGCCUGGUCAUGCCAAGGCAAGGCCCAACUCGACGCACCAGGCCAUCAGAGAUCUGGGUAACAAGGGGUACAUCAGCUCGGUGAUCACGCAGAACGUCGACUCCCUCCAUUCACACGCCCACCCGGGUCUGAACACGCUCGAGCUGCAUGGUUACCUGCGCGCGGUGGUGUGCAUCCACUGCCGAAGCCAAUUUUCGCGUGACGAGUUUCAGGCGUCCUUACGGGCUUUGAAUCCCGCAUGGUCCGAUUUUCUCGACCGGAUGGUCGAGUCGGGCGCCCUCGACACCGACAAGACCGACGAGCAGCAGCGGAGAGGCUUCAAGUUGAACGCGGACGGCGACGUGGAUCUAGCAGAAGCGCCGUAUUCCACUUUUCGCUAUCCGCCAUGUCCAACUUGUCUCCAGCACCCACCGACCCUGCGCGACGGCACCCUGGCGCGAGUGGAAGUGGAAAGCGACGGUGCUUGGGCCCCGACCUCCACGGCGGGCGUGCUGAAGCCCGCGGUCGUCAUGUUCGGCGAGAAUAUUGACCCUACGGUCAAGCUAGCCGGGGAAGAAGCGAUCGACGAGGCCGGGCGGCUCCUCGUCCUCGGUAGCACCCUGGCCACCUACUCGGCCUGGCGACUGGUAGAACGAGCCUACAAGCGAGGCAUGCCUAUCGGGAUCAUCAACGUCGGCGGCGUGCGCAACGAAGCGCUCCUCCUGGGACAUACAACGCAGGAUGACUCGACCAGCCGUUUUGUCCGCUGCAGCCUCCGAUCCGAGGAGGUCCUUCCAUCUGUUGCGUCGGAUCUACCUCGCAACGUACACGUUCAUGUAUCGUAG